AUGACGCUCACAAAUCCUAAUUUGGAGGGUUACGCUAUUGCCAGAGGCAUGUGGCUUUACUUCUAUAACCCUAACGAGAGGAAGUUUAAGGCUCCUAAGAAGUGCCUGGGGUGUUAUAAUAAUGACACUUUUGUGGUUUGGGCGGUUUCUGUCGCUGCUCAGGCUAUUGUGGACGGUGCAAGAAUCUACCCUGAGUUGACGCCUCUUAUCGGGCCUGCCAUUGACACUUUCCAGCGUUACAAGAACCACCAUACCAAGGGCUACUCUGCUGCUGAGAAUAGUGGUAACGAUAACGAUGUGUACUAUGAUGAUGACGCUCAGGUUGCCAGUGCAAUGCUUACUGCCUAUGAGGUUACUGGCGAUAAACGUUUCUUGGACCAGGGACGUGAAUUGACCAGGUUCCUUAUGGGAGGCUGGCAUCCAAAGAUUGGAGGCGUGAAAUGGCACGUUUCAAAGACAUAUGUCAAUGCUUGUACUACCGCUGAAGUGGCUAAGGCUUGUCUUCAGAUUUCCAAGUUUAUUCCUGAUGAGGCCAAGACGUAUGUGGAUUUUGCAGCCAAAUGCACGCAGUGGCAGAUUGAUACCCUUCAGGAUAAGGGCGAUAAGUGUAUUAUCGAUGGUGUCCAGCCAGAUGGCAUGAAGUUUGAAAACGGUAAACUUACCUAUAACACCGGUACUACCUUGUCCUGUGCUGCCCACUUGUGGCAUAUUACCAAGGAUGAGAAAUGGAAGACCAUUGCCGAUGACUUGGCUAAGGCUGCUAUCAACCCUAACGUGCCUUUCUAUGACAGAGAUUACCCCAACGAGCUCCGUUACUGGCGUGAUCCUAACUACUGGACGCAAUUGUUGAUUGAGGGUCUUGCCGACUACUUGUUGUACGUCGGUAGUGAUGCUCCUGAAGGCUUGCCAAAGCAAAUUCACGACGAGGUGCUUCGUAACAUCUUGAUGUACUACAAGUACGCCAAGGACCCUGAAGAUGGAUUGUACAUCCAGAGUUUCGAGCCAAAUAGAACUUACCCUGAAAAGGCAGAACUCUACCAGGAAGAGUUUGGCGGCAAGAAGGAUGUGAGUCUUAAGGGCGAGGACUCCGAUAACGGUAAGCCCCAGAAAUGUUUAAUGGGUCUCGGUGCCGCUGCUCGUGUUUUCUUCCAGGCUGCCAGAAUCGUCCCUGAAAUCAAUUACGACGAAUAA